AUGUUAACUGAUUAUGGUGCAUGUAUAGUUAACUUACGUGAACAAAAUGAUCAAUACUUCUGUACUCCUCCGACAAAUUUGAUCGAUAAAGAUUUAGAUUUUCGACCAACAUGUGUUCGAAUACAAUCUAUUGAAAAUUUAAGAAACAAUGCAAUUGAUGGAUUAUGUACCAUUGAAGUCAAAUUUUGUGAAAUUGGACCGAAAGUAUCAUUUAUUUUUGAAGAAUCUGAUUUUAAAAAGGUAGAAAAAUUAAAAAAGAUAGUUGUAGUUGGUGAUAAGACUGGAGCACUGGAACUUACUUUAUAA